AUGGGUAAAGGCGGUCGAUUUCUCUGCAUCCUUACUCCCUACGCCCUCACCAUCGCUUCACUAGUAUGCAUCAUCAUGGUAGGGCUGGGCUGCACAAACGCCAACUCCGGCACACUCAACGAUCUAUACUUCUUCCGCGCCAACCUGCAAAACAUCACAUCAAACUCAUCAUCCGUCACCUCUGAAGUCACGAACGCAUUGGAGGAUGCCGGUGUCAGCGUUAGCGAUGGUGAUAUCCAGUCCGCUCUCCAGGAGGUGGAGAAAUCGUUUGAUCUGAAGGAUUUCUACACCAUCGGUCUGUGGGGCUACUGUGACGGAAAUAUCAACGACCACAAAUACAACGUCUCCAACUGCUCCAAGCCCGAGUCCAUGUUCUGGUUCAACCCCCUCGACGUGUGGAACUUGGAGGAGUCCGGUCUUGAGAAUGCCCUCCCCGAUGGCCUUGAGAAGACCCUCAACAUCUACAAGAACGUCUCCAAGUGGAUGUUCGUCGCCUACAUAAUCGCCUUCAUCGCCACGGUUGUCGAGCUCGUCGUCGGUGUCUUCGCCAUCUGCAGCCGCUGGGGUAGCUGUGUCACCACUCUCGUCGCCAUCGUCGCCUUCCUCUUCACCGCCGCCGCCUCGGCCACUUCCACCGCCCUGUUUGCUGUCAUGGCCGGUGUCUUCAAUAAGAAGCUAAAGACCGCGGGUAUCGUGGGCACCAUGGGAAAGAACAUGUAUGUCGCCACCUGGUUGGCCGUCGCCUUUUCCCUCGCUGCCGGCCUCUUCUGGAUGAUCAGCACCUGCUGCUGCUCCGGUCGCUCUCCCUACAACCACCGCAAUAAGGGCGCUACCCGUGGUGUGACCGCUGAAAAGGCUCCCUACACCUACGAGCCCCUGGGCCCUUACGGAACCGCUCCCCAGAACACUUCUUACCCUCCUGCUCCGGCCAACGCCCAAAGAACGAAUGCCUAUGAGCCUUUCCGUCACGUCUAA